AUGAACAUGUUCAACACCGACUCGGGCUUCAGACCCCCAUCGCCCCUCUCCUUCGCGCCCCCGAGCCAUGGCCUCUUUGGCGAGCCCCUCGGAUUCGACGACUUCAAGCUGUCGAACCAAGACUUCCUCAAUCUGCCUACCUCGCCCCCACCACCGCUUACAGGCGAUCCAUCCAUGCAGCUCUUCAACCCCUCGGAGCAGCGCUACUUCUCAGAGUUCCUGGACACGCUGGUCGUCGACCAAGACUUCACCUUCGACCCAAGCACAAUACCCAACCUGCCCAAUCUCCCUCUCUUCACACCCGAGACCAUGCCCGGCGGAUUCAGUCUCGAUAGCGCCUACAUGACCUCAUCCUCAUCUUCCUCGCUCGCCAACCCGAGCAUGCUCAACAGCUCCAUGGACUUUGACCUGACCUCGCCCUCGUCCCAGUCCAGCUUCAGUGGCUCACACUCCCUCCCUGGCCAUUUCAGCCAGGGCGAAUCCCCAGUCUCGCCCGGCUCUCCUUCCUAUACCCUCCCGACACCCAUGUCGAACCCUACCAAACGCGGCAAAUCCAACAAAGGUACCGAAACAAGGCGCGGCAUGUCCUUCAGUCAGGAAUCAAACAAGAUGUCGACUCCAAUUCAGCAGCUCUCAAAACUGUCUCUCAACAACAGCAACAACGGCACUCACAAUUCAAAAAAGAACAAGAGGGAUGAGGACGAGCACCCAGCGUCGUCGGCCUCACCCUCGUCGCCCUCUCGGUCACGGGAAAGGAAAGAGGACAGCCGAGAACGACACACCUCAGUUUCAGAUGGGUCCGUGUCCGAUGCGGCGACGACGGCGACGCAGGGCACGAUGGCGACGACAAAGCGCAAGCCCUACAAGGAACUGUUGACGGAGGAGGAGAAGCGAGCGAACCAUAUCGCGUCCGAACAGAAGCGACGGAAUACGAUCCGCAACGGAUUCAAGGACAUGACGGACAUCAUCCCGGACCUGAAGGACGUCAACAGCUCAAAGUCGACUAUCCUCUUCAAGGCAGUCGACUUUAUCAAGCAGCUCGAGCGACAGAACCGGGUGUUACAAGAGAAGGCAAGCCGACUUGAGUCCAGACUGAUGGACCAGAGAAAUGAUGUCCAUGGCUCGGGACUGGAUGAUCAGCGGCUGCAGGACAUUCCGCACAUCUAUCCAGUGCCAUGUAGUCGCUAA